GGCCGAAAUGUCAUCCGCCUACCAAUAGAUCUUCUUUUUGUGCAUUAUAUCCUUUCAAUAGUUCAACAUCACACAUCCAGGCAGUAAUUUUAUCAAAAUUCCAGUAGACCAUGCCCGGCAAUCUGUUCAACUGGACUGCCUUGGGGCGACAGACAAAGACCUUCGGCAUGUACACCAAUCGAAGGGUGCUCCAUCUUAUGGAUACUGCCUUGGCCGUGGAUCAUAGGCCUUAUUCCGAGUCCUGGCGACGUCGUAGGCGCAUCGAGGGGUUCGAAAAAAAAGAGAUCCCAGUACGGCAGCAGGUUCCGAGGAUCCGACAUGAUCGCCAUCCGGGAACUAGGCAAAAUCCCUUCCGCAGAGAACCCGACUUUCUGCCUGGCAAGGGUGAAGUGCUUGAGCCCACUCGCAUCCAGCCACCCAGAAAUUCAAUGUGCUUCUCGGUGAUCAGGUUCUUUAGUAGCUCAUCUCCUGGUGGAGGCUCUGGUGAGCCACCGGAAGAUCGUACGGGAAAGCUUAUCAAGUUUCCGGUGGGCUCUCGUUCGGAAAAACAGAAAACGGGAAAAGUAGAAGUUGUUUCCACCAAGGAAUCGUCGCAGUCAGAUUGCUUGGGGGGAUUAUCGGGAAAGUCCCCGAUCAAAGAGCUCACUCCCGACAACCAAACUACAAAGGCCUUGGAUCAAUCUGGAAAAGAAGAUGAUCCCGAAAGCCCUGUACUAAGAUCGUUUGCAGAGCAUCUCAACUCAGUAGGUGAAAUACCCGGAAACUCGGACACUCCCUCAGGAAUUCAAUCGCAGCCACCGGAAGUAGGCCAAAGUGGAAGAGAUCCACCAACAGGACGCAAGCCGCCGCCCAAACCUCCUUCGGGACCUAAAAAUCCUGGUCCUUCAAAUCCUUUUCAUCCACGAAAUAAAAAAUUCAAGCAUCCACCAACAGGAGCCAAGUCUCCGUCGGGCGGUAAGCCUCCCGUUAAGCCACCCACACCGAGUAGAUCACCCAGUAAGCCGACAGUUGAUAAACCUUCCAAAAAACCACCUGGUAAAUCACCAACAGCAAGUAAACCUCCCAGUAAGCCGCCUACAGGAAGUACCCCUCCUAGUAAGCCACCACCAGCAAGUAAGCCUCCCAGUAAACCUCCCAGUAAGCAACCAACAGGUAGUAAGCCUCCCAGUAAGCCGCCAACCGGUGGCAAACCACCAACAGGAAGUAAACCUCCAAGUAAACCUCCGGUUAAGACACCAACAGCCAGUAAGCCUCCUGGCCAAUCGCCACCAGGAGCCAAGGCACCCACAGGAGGGAAGGACAAGAAGGGCUCAGCUGGAGGUAAGACUGGACAAGGUGGCUCAAGGGUCAUCACCCUAAUGCCUGGCGAUGGCAUUGGACCGGAGAUCUCAAUGGCCGUGAUAAAGAUCCUCGAGGCCGCAAAGGCACCUCUGAUCUUUGAACCCGUGGACGUAACACCGGUGAUGAACAGCAAAGGUCAGACCACUGUCCCAGAACAGGUGAUCGAGAGCAUGAACCGCACGAAGGUGGGCCUCAAGGGACCCCUGAUGACCCCAGUGGGCACGGGAUUCCGUUCGCUGAAUCUCACCCUGCGCCAGCUCUUCAACCUGUACGCCAACAUUCGACCUUGUCGAUCCCUCCCAGGAGUGGAGACCAUUUACGGGGAGGUGGACAUCGUAACCAUUCGCGAGAACACCGAGGGCGAGUACUCGGGCAUCGAGCACACCCUGGUCAACGGAGUGGUGCAGAGCAUCAAGCUGAUCACCAGGAAUGCAUCGCUCCGGGUGGCCGAGUACACCUUCCAGUACGCCCUGGCCAUGAAGAGGAAGAAGGUCACGGCAGUGGCCGAGUCCCAGGUCAUGCGGAUGUCCGACGGCUUAUUCCUGCGGUGCGUGCGGGAAAUGGCUGCCAAGUACAAGAGCAAGCUGGACCAGGCGGGCAUCACCUACGAGGAGUCCACCAUGACCACCGUCUGCCUGAACAUCGUUCAGGAUCCCAAGCGAUACGACAUGCUAGUGCUGCCCAAUCUGUACGGCGACAUCAUCUCGGACACAUGUGCAGGACUAAUUGGAGGACUGGGACUGACGCCCUCCGGAAAUGUGGGCACCAAUGGCGCCAUUUUCGAAUCGGUACAUGGCACCGCUCCGGACAUUGCUGGCAAGGACUUGGCCAAUCCCACAGCCCUGUUGCUCUCCUCCGUAAUGAUGCUGCACUACAUAGGGAUGCACGAGCACGCGGACAACAUAGAGCAGGCCGUGCUGAAGACCAUCAAGGAUGACAACAUCCGCACCAUGGACCUGGGCGGCAAGGCCAAGUGUUCCGAGUACACGGAUGCGCUGAUCAAGAACCUCAAGUGAGGGGUGUUCCUACGGGGUUAUACAAAAGUACUCUUUAGCCAGCUGUCAUUAACUAGUUUGUAAAUUAUAUUAAAUUUCAGGCUGUCCUGGUAAUGUUAAGGGUA